CUGAAUGAUGAGCCUGAGCAGACUGAUGAGCCUGUGACGACCACAUCACAACACCAACAGCAGCACCAGCAUCAACAACAACCAGUCGAAAACUUCCGCCGCAAGAACAUCUACACCAUGCCCGUUGAGCGGCCUGUUCACGAGGAGCUGUAGAAAAUCCCAAGUUGCCAUAUUUCACAAUAUAUCUGCUCGACUGAUUUAUUCCGUGCAGUAUAUGUGGACCACACAAGAAAAGGCGUCAUUUCCCUGAUAUUUCUAUUUCUCCCACCAUGCCGUUUGACCCUAACGAGGAACUCUUUACCGAUGCCGACCCUGGCUACCGCAACACUAGGCUCGAGUCGACAGUCCCGCCACCAUCUUUAUCAGCACUGUCGCGGUCGAUCCGCAGUGUUAGAGGCGGCACUCGGGCACCGAACCGCGGUGACCACAGCAAUACCAGCAGCAGCCAACGCUCUAUGGCUCCUGGCCUCCGCCAGCCGCCACAGCCAGCUCCUGUCCGGCCUGAAAUCGACGUCAAGGGCAGCAGCUGCAUUGUGAUCACCAACUCGUAUCCGCCAUCCUUCGCCGAACAGCACCUGUGCUCGCCUGACUGGAUACGUAUGAUGAGUGACAGAGACGAUGCUCGCGGCCGACGUGGUGAUGCACGGCUCGGAGAUGUAGCCAUGAUGCAGUCGAUCCAGGCGUGCAAGCAGGCUCUAGCAGAGGUGGACAGUGUUGCAACAACAGAGGAUAAGCUCAAUGUGUACAGCUGCCUGAAGGUUAUCAGUCCGUUUGUGGAUAUCUCCGCGCUGAAGCUUGCGCACUUGGACUACCCGCUGGGUGUUGUCAGAGAGUACUUGCAGCCAGGCAGGGAGCUCAGAUUUGUUGAUCUGUGCAGCGGGUGCGGCGGAUUCACCGAGUACAUCUUGUGGCGGGCGAGCAAGCAGUUGGUGGAGUGCAAUGGAUGGUACUUUGCUGACAAGUCUUCCAAGCAGCCUUUGGAUGUGGACAGGAUGCUGCCCGAGUGCCAUGCCGCGCAAAACACUACUGUUUUCCAAGCGGAUAUCCUGGAUCCGGCCAAUGUCGACGCGUUCAUUCAAAAGGUCAGAGGCGACAUCCGCGCCAGCCAUGCAGUGGAUCUAGUUGUCGCUGAGGGCUGCGCCGGCUCACCCAGCUUUGACAUGGACCAGGAGCGCCAGCAGUAUGCAUACCUGAUCGCCCAGGCGGCUGUUGGUCUGAAGCUGCUGCGCAAGAAAGGCACCUUUGUGUUCAAAGCCUUUGACACAUUCACGCCGCUCAGUGCCGAGAUCCUGUUCAUUUUACACACUUUCUUUGAGCGCACAGCCAUUGUGCGCUCGCUAGCCAGCCCGCCGUCCAGCGCAGAGCGCUUUGUGGUAUGCAACCGGCUGAUCACAGAAGACACCUCGCGGAUCGUGGCACAUUUGAUGUCGGCUCUGCAUAGAAUGCAUCACAACCAGCUCAAGCUGGCGCAUCUGGUGAGCUGGACACGCGUUUCGGGCGACAAAAAAUUCAUGGCCCCGCUGUACGAUGCCAACAUGAAGCAUGCGGCGUCGCAGCUGCAAGCACUGAACGCUAUACUCGCGCACAUGAAGCACCCGGACAUGGUCAUCAAUUGGGCACAUAGCCCGCAGGAGGUGGCUGAUGUAUGCUUUGAGAAGUGGGGGAUUCCAAAGAGACAUGCUGAGUAGGAAAUAAAA